CCCCACCGCGGUGACAUGAAAGCAGGAUUGAGGAAUGCGGUCGGGGGAAAGACAGAGAUCUAAACUGCGCGGAGUACAUGCAAAACGAGGGCAGCACAGAGAACAAAGCGGGGAACUUCGCAGGGAGAGGCAGGACACCUGGCAUGCGGCUGCGAACGCUCGCAGAGAGGAAAAGCGAAAAGAGGUGUAGAAUGAGCCAAGGAGACUCAAACCCAGCAGCCAUUCCACAUGCAGCAGAAGAUAUUCAAGGAGAUGACAGAUGGAUGUCUCAGCACAACAGAUUUGUCCUGGACUGCAAAGACAAAGAGCCAGAUGUCCUGUUCGUGGGGGACUCCAUGGUGCAGUUGAUGCAGCAGUAUGAGAUAUGGCGAGAACUUUUUUCCCCACUUCAUGCACUGAAUUUUGGAAUUGGGGGAGAUACAACAAGACACGUUUUAUGGAGACUAAAGAAUGGAGAACUGGAGAAUAUUAAACCUAAGGUCAUUGUUGUCUGGGUAGGAACAAACAACCAUGAAAAUACAGCAGAGGAAGUAGCAGGUGGAAUCGAGGCCAUCGUACAACUUAUCAACACAAGGCAGCCACAGGCCAAAAUCAUUGUACUGGGUUUGUUACCUCGAGGUGAAAAGCCCAACCCUUUGAGGCAAAAGAAUGCCAAGGUGAACCAGCUCCUCAAGGUUUCCCUGCCGAAGCUUGCCAAUGUUCAGCUUCUGGAUACAGAUGGGGGCUUCGUGCACUCGGACGGUGCCAUCUCCUGCCACGACAUGUUUGAUUUUCUGCAUCUCACAGGAGGGGGCUAUGCAAAGAUCUGCAAACCACUCCAUGAACUGAUCAUGCAGUUGUUGGAGGAAACACCUGAGGAAAAACAAACCACCAUUGCCUGACUGGCUCCCAUCAGUGUUAAUAGCGUCCCAGCUUCCUCAGAUCAGUUAUAUCACUGGCACUACAGAAUCCUUCUCUUUCUUAAGGCACUUUGCAUUGUAGAAUGUUCCUGGAUGUUCUUAUCUAGUGUUUGAAGGGGAGGAGGGAUUUAAACUGGUCCUGUACAUAGAAGGUUUGUUGACACAGGAGAAAAAUUAGCCAAGGAAGAUGGUGGUUUAAAUUCAUUUGAAACCAGAAGGGGACUUUUUAGUUAUAUGUGUGACAGUCAUUGAAUUAUCACUGUUUUUCCUAGGACAACAUCAAGCCUAAGUACUGAACAAAAUGAAGAUUUCUUUUCUUGGCCUUUCUUUCUAUGGAUUAUGUCGUAUAUAAUGAUGAUUAGACUCACACCUACUUGGCUUUAAAACAGAUGUUUUUCCAGUUUUUAAAGUUCCUAAUUUAGCUUUUUGUUUUUUAUUUUGCUUUACUUAUACAUAUUCUCAAUGUUAUAGCAACAUAUAGCAUCAGAUUGAACGUACUUGUCAUUCAAAUAUGGGAGAUGCUGUAGUUACAAGUGAAUUUGUUCCACUCUGUUAAUCUUUCCCAUGCUUAGCAGUGAAAAAUAGGUUUUGCCCCAUUUGGGGGACUCUAUGGAGGGUGUUAUUUUUAUGCUGCUGAAUAUCAUGUCUGUAAUAGACCCAUGCAUGCAGCCUUUCCUCUAUUCUCCCUCAUCCCCUCUUUUUUUUGCGGGGGGGGGGGGUUCUUGUUGACAUUACAAGCUUUUAAUACGUUUUUGACCUAGGAGCUCUGUUGCUGGAAGUAUAAGUCCCCAGCCAGGUUACUCUCAUGAUGAUAUUACUGAUGUGUAACUCAUUCCUGUGUGGUGGUGUGUGCUAUAGAGUCUGUGUAGUGCUAUCCAUAGUCAGAGUUCUGGUUUGGUUUGUUUUGUUUUUCCCUUAAAACCUGUUACAGUUUUCCUUCUUUUGGGGAAAAAAAAUCAGAACUCUGUUUCCCACUCCGUAAGCCCUGACUUUAUUUCAAGUUUUAUAGUAUUUUAAGGUGUAUAUUUUAUUUUAUUUUUUAUUGGCUUAGUUUUUAAAUUAUUAUCAGUCCAGAAAAAUUUGGCCUCUUCUUGUGGGGAAACAGUAAAGCUUCUCUUCAGAAUAGACAUUCUGCUUGAUCCUACCUUUUUAGUAAAAAAGAACUAGGUUUGUUUAACCUUCAGGAUUUCUCCUUAAUAUAUCUUCAUCUGAGAAUUUCUUUCAAGAGAGCUCUUUAUAGUCUUAAUGGUUUGUUGAGCUACAAGAACUGCCAUUUAAAAAAUAAUAGGACAACAGGUGGUUUAUUGUUUAAUAUACCUAUGGGAUAUGUACAAACUGGAUCUACAAACAAAUACUUUAAACUGGACCAGGUGGAUAUUGAAGUAACCCAUCAAAAUGUGCUCUGCAGUGAUUCUGCUAAGUGUUCAAGUUCAGUAACUAAGGCAUAUGCUUCAUACUCUGCUUGCAAGGCACGUGGCAUUGCUUUUGUGUGUUGGAGGGGGACGGACUUGUGGUUUGCGCUAAGAGCUACUUCUGAUUGAAAGGGACAGAACUUGGGCUGAUUUUUUUUUCUCUUCAAGGCUUUUUCUAGGAAUUUUGUUUUUGGAGGGUUUUUUGUCUUUAAAAAGCAAAACAAAACAAGACAUGCUUUCUUGAAUGUAUCAUGUCUUCAUUAACCGAAAAUAUAUGUGGUGUUUACUAAAUUUGUUUACUAUAUUAAAUUUUCCUUUUUAUU